UGGGCGACGCGUGCUUGUAGUGACGCGCUGUGUGCGUCACGCCGACGACGCGCGAAGGGCACACAUCUUAGGGCUGGGAGGACGUUCGGCCUCUGUGAGCCGUAACCUUUCCAAGGGAGUGGUUGGGUGAUCGCCAUCUUAGGGAAAAGAUGUUCUCGUCCGUGGCGCACCUGGCGCGAGCGAACCCCUUCAACACGCCACAUCUGCAGCUGGUGCAGGAUGGCCUCGGGGACCUCCGCAGCAACCCACCCGGGCCCACGGGCCAGCCCCGCCGCCCUCGCAACCUGGCAGCCGCCGCCUUGGAAGAGUACAGUUGUGAAUUUGGCUCCGCGAAGUAUUAUGCACUGUGUGGCUUUGGUGGGGUCUUAAGUUGUGGUCUGACACACACUGCUGUCGUUCCCCUGGAUUUAGUGAAAUGCCGUAUGCAGGUGGACCCCCAAAAGUACAAGGGCAUAUUUAAUGGAUUCUCAGUUACACUUAAAGAGGAUGGUGUUCGUGGUUUGGCUAAAGGAUGGGCUCCGACUUUCAUUGGCUACUCCUUGCAGGGACUCUGCAAGUUUGGCUUUUAUGAAGUCUUUAAAGUCUUGUAUAGCAACAUGCUUGGAGAGGAGAAUACUUAUCUCUGGCGCACGUCACUAUAUUUGGCUGCCUCUGCCAGUGCUGAAUUCUUUGCUGACAUUGCCCUGGCUCCUAUGGAAGCUGCUAAGGUUCGAAUUCAAACCCAGCCAGGUUAUGCCAACACUUUGAGGGAUGCAGCUCCCAAAAUGUAUAAGGAAGAAGGCCUAAAAGCAUUCUACAAGGGGGUUGCCCCUCUCUGGAUGAGACAAAUACCAUACACCAUGAUGAAGUUCGCCUGCUUUGAACGUACUGUUGAAGCACUGUACAAGUUUGUGGUUCCUAAGCCCCGCAGUGAAUGUUCAAAGCCAGAGCAGCUGGUUGUAACAUUUGUAGCAGGUUACAUAGCUGGAGUCUUUUGUGCAAUUGUUUCUCACCCUGCUGAUUCUGUGGUAUCUGUGUUGAAUAAAGAAAAAGGUAGCAGUGCUUCUCAGGUCCUCAAGAGACUUGGAUUUAAAGGUGUAUGGAAGGGACUGUUUGCCCGUAUCAUCAUGAUUGGUACCCUGACUGCACUACAGUGGUUUAUCUAUGAUUCUGUGAAGGUCUACUUCAGGCUCCCUCGCCCUCCUCCACCGGAGAUGCCAGAGUCUCUGAAGAAGAAGCUUGGGUUAACUCAGUAGAUAGAUCAAAGCAAUGUGGACUGAAUCUGCUUGUUGAUCAGUGUUGAAGAAAGUGCAAAAGGAACUUUUAUAUAUUUGACAGUCUAGGAAAUUGUCUAUUCCUGGUAUAAUUACUGUAGUACUCUUGCUUAAGGCAAGAGUUUCAAAUUUACUGUCGAAAUAAACCCAACUCUUCAUGA